AACUUGUAGACUUGACUCUAGGCUUUGGACAUAUCCGGUGGUCGACAUUAGCCAAAGAGCGAGCACUGCCCGAGCUCAUUCAUACACGAGCGAACCAUUCGUAAACUCCUGGGCGUUCUUGUGUCCAAGGACACUCAGGAGCAUGGACAACCAUCAGCGACAAGAAUCCCGUCGUCCAGACAGGGGCCAGCUCUCUCACGGAGCUGCGCCGAAGGUCUGUGUGGACGAGAAAUCAACAGACAGCGGCAACCCUCCAGAGUCCGACACGCCAUUCUUGAAGGUGACCAUGGUAGGAGGGUGUAUCCUCCUUGUUACCGUCAUCGUCCUGGUUAGCAGCCGAGAGGAAGAGGUGCGUCGGAAUGGCACCAAAGAGCACAUAGCAUCUACUCCCGUCUAUAUGCAUCACAAUGAAGCAGGCAGAAACGUCGAAAAUAUCGCAAAUCAACUCGUCACCCCCGUCGGUCCCUCUUCAUCACCACAGCCGCAGGUUCACACAUUGCACAAGGAAGAAAGCAGAGCUUCCAGAGCACUCAUCGACAGAAUUAUAGUGGAGGCCAAGCCACGGCUCUCGGUGCUUCGCCCUGAAGGAGCCAGACCUCUCUUGUGCGUGCUGUCUCCAGAAGCAAAACACCCACUUCAAUUUCCCAAGAAACACUGCACGCAUCUUGUCUACUCCGAUGUCAAAUACGACCUCCAUAAUGCCACCUUUACUCCAGUUAGCGAUGCCACAUACGCAGUCUUACAGACGCUCAAGGGCACGACAAGCUUGCGGCUCCUGGUUAACAUGGCAGAACGCACCCUCCGCGACUUGGCUCCAGACAGGGAGUCGAAACGCUUCUCUGACGCAGUGUCGAGUUGGCUGACUUCUACUGGUCUUAACGGCGUAGCAUUUCUCGGUCAAAGCCUGCAAUCACCUAUGAUUGGCACGUUCGUGCCUACUCUUCGGUUGUUACGAAGCGUCCUCGGCCCGCUUAAGCUCGAUAUUGUCAUCGGCAUAACAGUUCAGGACUGGGAUGCACAGCCGACACUUAUUGCUCGAAGGAUGGAUGCGAUUGGGGAGCACGCCGAUUACCUCAUUCUGGAGACUCACUACCGGGGCGUCAUGAACGGGACUUGUCGCACGGCAUAUCCUUCAGUCCUCUAUUCUGACGAUCCCCGUAAUCCGUCCGUGCCCAUUGCCCAAGCGUUGUCCUGGAUGACCAACAUUAACAUACACCAGAAGUUGAAGGUCAACACAUGCUUUUCGCUGACCUUAGGAGCGCUUCUCUUCAGAGGCGCCGGAAGUGCUCUCGCGAGUUGCAGGACGAGUCAGCUUGUCAGUUACAUGAAGGUAUGCAAGGAUUCGCAAUGGACACUUGGUACCACAGCCCAUGUGGACGUCUUGGCGGAGGAGCGACUUGGCAAUGGACAAGUAGAGUCGCAUGAGGGGGUCGCACUUCUUGCAGCCAAGGUUUUCUCCGAGGUGUCGCGAGCAAUAUCCAUGUUCCCGCUUUCGUGCGUUGCCGCUUAUCAAGUGGACUUGGACGAUUACGAAGGAGAAUGCGGAAAACCCUUCGAACGUCUACAGCUUGUGCGUCAAGCACAAGAGAAGGCAAUAGCAGACGAUGGCCAUCCACUUCCUGCUGCUGCGAUCCCUCCACUACACGAAACCGUCAAGGGAUCUGCUCCCCUAGGUAGCACGGACAGUGAAAGACGUCAACGCUGUAUGGCUCCCGGAAAGGAGUUCGCGCGCCCCCUGAUAUGUGUCUUCUCCGAUCGCAUCACUGUGCCUCGCAAUUUCACGAGGCAACACUGCACACAUAUCGUGCUUUCCCUACGACGAUAUCGUAGACCUGACUCCAUGCGAAACAUAUCAGCACACGUUUUCCAGCGUCUAAAGUCUCCGGACAUCAAGGUUUUAGUCGCUCUUCACGAGGACUUACUGCUUUCUGCGAACGCCGAGGAGCUAGCGGAGUCUUCCUCUGUGCUACUAAGGGGCACGGAGGUUGACGGCCUUGCUUUCCUUUACAUCAGCCAGUCUGCUUCGCAGCUUCGUGAGCUCAAUAUCAAGCUGCAGGCACUGCACAGCACGUUGAAGAGUAGCGGUCUAUGCCUCCUGCUCAGCUUGCAGUUAGCCGGGUACAUCGCACAGCCAAGAAUCGUCGAUAAGACACUGCGUGACGUAUCGAAGAACGUAGACGUCCUUGUAGUGAACAGCCACUACCCAGGAAGUUCAGGGGUGUGUCGAGCGGUGCAUGCGUCAGUGUUCAAGCAGAGUCUGGAUACUUGCGUUCCGACUGUGGCUGUGGAAACUGCCUUGUCGUGGUUCAAGUUCAUCGCUUCUACAAGCAUCUAUAUACCGUUCCUGUGUUUUUCGGUAGAUCUACGCGUGUUCCGUUACGUUGGCAAGUUGUCACAAGGAACCUGCGGUUCAGAGGAGCAGCUACACUACUACAAGGUUUGCGCCGAAACUGGAUGGAGCACGGUAUACGAAGUUACCACUGAUAGCGUAAUGCGGCGUAAGGAAGCGAACCUGGAGACUUUCGACACUGCAACCUCUUUGCGAAAGAAGGUGGAGGCGGCCAUAGCGCAGUACCCGAAAGCGUGCGUCGCCGCUUACAACUAUGACUUCGAGGACGUGGUCGGACAUUGCAAGGACCAGAGGCUCUCUUCCGUUCGAUCGGCUCUAGAUCAAACUGCAAGCUCGGCUUCACAAACCCUGCAGCCGCCUAAAGAAUCAAUAUCAGUACGCGGCGACCAGUCAGGAGUGAGCGACAAACCGCUGGUGUGCGUGUUGUCGAAAGCAACUCUUACAAAGCCCUUCGUUCCCCAAGCUGAGUGUACACAUCUCGUACACAGGGAAGCGUGGUACGACGCUCUCGGCGGAACCAUCCACGUAAAAGAAUCGUCCCUAGGUCUGAUUGCCAAUCGGCCCAACAUGAAGCACGUGGCCGGCCUCAGUGGCGAGAUCUUCCUCAGCGCCAUACUAGGUGACCGAGCCGUUGUUCAGGAGAUGGCGUCAAACAUGGCCAUCUCUGCCCGACGAAUGCACCUCGAUGGAUUGGCCAUCCUGGACUUCAACCGCACGUCCAGGACCAUAGCUUCCUUUGCUCCUGCGCUUUCGAUCCUUCGAAAGGCAUUUUCUCAAGAUUUAAUCAUUAUCCUCGGAUUGGAGGUUCUUGACGCAUCUCUGCCAACGAAAACCAUGGCAAGGCGUUUGCUGAACACAAUUAAGCUCGCCGACAUCACAAUAUUUCAGACCCACUAUAGGAGCGUUCGAGGUUACUGUCAAGUAUCCUACCCUUCUGUGUACGAGUACAAGGAAGGCAACCUCCUUCCACUGGCAACUGCUCUCGACUGGAUGAGAGACCUGGGCGUACCGCGCAUAUGUGUUUCCUUUAAUAUGGCUGUGCUAGAAUUCGACAGAAUCAACAGCACCAACGACUGCAAGAAGGUCCUUUCGCGAAGCUACUCUGAGACAUGUAAUAACACCGGCUGGAAGAGAGACGACGAGACGUCGGAGUCCUUUUCGGCUGUUCGAGAGAAAGGUUCUGCUUGGCAGACUUUUGAAUCCGCAGAACUCCUUGGACGAAAGGUGGACCGCAUGUUUGCUCAGCAUCCGGGGGCUUGCGUGGCAGCUUUCAAUAUCGACCUGGAGGACGCCACCCCAACGUGCGAGAAGCAUGGAAGAUUUGCGAGACUCUCCACGAUUGCAGAGAAAUACGUGACGUCUCAAGCCAAUGCCAAUCUUGAGUACGAGACACUUCCGCAAAUUGCUGAAGAUACCGCUUCCAUCAUGUCUACAGAGCUCGUAGGUUCGCAUGCACUUAGUAACCACGACACGCAGAAUCAGAGGAAAGGUGAUCACACAGAGUACCAGUAUAGGACCAGUGACACCAGUAGCCGUCCGUUCGUUUGCUUCAUGGGCCGCUUGUGGGCUGGACCGGCGAAGCUCCCUCCGAGUCAGUGCACGCACGUGGUCCUGAGGGUGAAGUCAGGUGGAGAGGAAGUCAUGAAGCAACUGAAGGAACAGCUGAAUUCCGCAGUUAAAUACUUGGCUGCGCAGAGCUUAAACUCGCGGAAGAAUCGCUUAGCAUUUGUGCCUGGUUACUUCGACGGCGUAGCAGUCAUCAAUAUCCGUACUUACUCCACUGCCCUGACAGCCGUCGGUGAUUCUUUGGCGAGCUUUCGUAACCGUCUGCCCAAAGGGAAUGUGCUUGCCGUGGGACUGGAAAUAAUGGAUUUUCACCAGGACGCUGGUUUGAUUGUACAGCAGCUGGGGCACAUUCAGAUGUUGGCCGACAUAAUCAUCUUUCAGACUCACUUCAGGAGGGAUAGGAGCUUCUGCCGAACGGCUUAUCCUUCAAUGUAUCAUUCCGCGAAUGACACCUGCAUUCAAACACCGCCCAUUACUAAAGUGGUGAAGUGGAUGCAGCUUCUGUAUUCCCCGAGCUUGUGCAUUUCCUUCAACUUGGCCGCUUUGCGAUUCCAUCUGACUGAAAGUCCUGGUGUCGGUGAACUUUGCCAGAACGUGGAAGAGGUGAACGAUUUGUGCUAUACCGAAGAGUGGAAGACUUCGGACGAGGAACAGUACGCUAUGGCUACUAGUCGCCACCAGGCCGAUAUCUGGUUCUCGUAUGAAACGGGACGGCUUCUCCGACAAAAGAUAAGCAAGGCUUUGUCGGCCUAUCCGAGACUGUGUUUGGCUGCUUUCAGCGUGGACGCUGACGGAAGCAGUAAAUGUCGCAAAGAAGCCUACAGUCGCGUAAACGAUAUGGCUACUGCUGCGCUACCCAAAGUGAAGCCUCCCAUUGUCCAGAAAGCUAACGUGGCUCCAAAGAGGAAAACUCUGUCAAAGCCAAACAAGAUCGUGUGCGUCUUAAAUGGUGGCGACAACAUGGGCGACAUACCACAUCAGUUCUGCGACUAUUACAUUUACGGAUACGCGGGAUACGUGAAAGAUUUGAUGCAUAUCCUCCCCGACGCCGUGAGUCUGGAGUCGAUUCGCCAGAUUAGGCGACCAGGUGUCAAAAUAGUGGCAGCUAUUUGGCAGGAAGACUUCAGAGCCUUUCUCGAAGAUAUGUUCAACCAGACGAGCGGACCCUCGUUGUUUUCGAAGCUGAUCGGCUGGUUGUUUGAAUAUAACCUAGACGGACUCGCAACGGCAUACUACAACAUGACAUCAAGUGACUUGGAGAGGGCUGUAACACUUAUCCAUGAUCUUGGAUGUAAGUUGCACGCUUCAGGCUACGAGCUCGUCGUUGGCAUCACUAUUACAGACCUGGACGCAGCACCAGAGAGCAAACUUCUUCCAAGCCUCAGGGUCAUAGCCAGGUCGGUCGAUUUGUUGACAUUGGAGACCCACGUGGGUUUUCAGUAUCUUGAAGACUGUAGGAUACAUUUUCCGAGUCGGAUGGGACUCACGCAUCCGUACGUUGCGAACUCUCCAACCAUCUCCAAAGCCAGUUACUAUAUUGAAAGACUGGCCGAAAUCACUGACGUUCCAGUCUGCUUUUCGUUGUCCCUGGGAGUGCGUUAUUAUGAACUCGAGAAUGCCGCAAGCGGAAAACCUGGAUUUGAAUGCAACCUUUUCCAAUACCUCAACUACAGCGACGUAUGCAACCAGGGUUCUUUGUGGAGUCCGCCAGUGCGUAAUAGUGAUGUCGGAAGCACUUGGCAUUGGACUCGUGGUGCAGUAUACACGUACGAAACGCCCCCAGAUAUCGUGAUGAAGGUGCUGCACGUGAGGUCCAAGUGCGUGGCCUUGUACGAAGUGGAGUUGGACGACCCUUACGCAGUUUGCACCAAAGGGCGCAAAUUUCCGAGGCUGCAAGACAUCUACCAGUCAUAUGAAAGCAUAGCUCUCCUCAGAGAGGAACCGAAAAAGAUCAUCGCGCCGAGCGAACCCACUUUGAUAUGCGUGGUGACUGACAAGUUUCCGACCAUAUAUCCUCCUUGCGACUAUGUUGUCUAUUACGGUGUAGAGUACGUCGGUGGAGAAAUUGGAUUCGAAGACACGUCGUCUAAUGUAGCCUUGAUCAGGUUUUUGGGGAGGACAGGCAACGAGCAUCGGUUCAUCUCCCCGAUUGCGAAGAUCUAUUCUUGGUACCGGGACAUGGACGCUAAAGCAGAAGCCAAGAGGGAAUUUGUGCGCUCGACCACUAAAUUUCUGCUGAAACACGCUCUUAAGGGGAUAGCACUCCUCCAUCUGGAAAUAUACAGUGACAAUGCAGGGGAGCUGUGGCGCUUCCUGGAGAGCAUAAAGUGCCAACUGUCCUACAAUGGCCACAUGGUCAUGGUAGGCAUCAGACUGAAGAGCGAUGCCUCAGAACACUUCAUGUCUGACCUGAACCAUCUGACCAGGUCGGUUAAUAUCUUCAUUCUGGAAACUCACCUGGAAGUACCCGCUAACAUAACGAACUGUACCGGCCGGUACCCGUCCACCAUGCGCGGGCAAUUCGCCAGCGCGGGCACCAUUCCCAUCGAAUUGGGCGUGGAGUGGCUGAAAGCUUUGCGCAAGCCGCAGCCGUUCCUCUGCUACUCCGUUUCCAUGGCAGCGUUUGAGUUCCACAGGUCGAGUCACUCAGCCCCAGUUGGGGCCCAUUGCAACGAUAUGACUACCGUCGACUACAGUGAGGUUUGCAAGAGAUCUGACGUGCCAGUACAAUCGAGUUACUUGGCAAUUUCUACCUUUCAACGUGUACGGAACAAAUUGUACACUUAUGAUACUAAGUCUGACCUGGUGCUCAAGGUUGAUACAGCAGGCACGCCGUGUGUUGCUGCGUACCAUGCGGACUACGACGAUCCUCAAGGCGUGUGUGGGGCUCCGCACUUGCGCACUGCCCUCAUCAACGAGUCACUUUAUGAACUCGCGAAAACACAUCGACUGAACCGAGCAGAAGACGUUGGGCGUCGCGCUGAGAAACCCGUUGGCCCACAGCACGCUGUCAUAUGUGUGUUUCAUGAGAACGCCACAAGCAUCGGCCGUAUCCCGUCCUCCGUGUGCGACUAUAUCGUCUUGGACGCUUUCGUGGUGGAAGACGGGCUGGUAGAGAAAGCCCAGGCUUCAAUCAUGCAGGAAGUGCGGCAACUUUCGAAGGAGAGCUCGACGAACUUUGCUAUGAUGCUGGAUGGCGACGGUUUGUCACGGAGGUGGAAGGCCGGGCGCCGAAUCUACAGCCAGAUUCAGGAAAUAAUAUCAUUCAUGAUUGAAAACGGAUUUAACGCUGUCGCUUUCGGCUUCACCAAAACUUUGCACGAGGAUUUCGUGGCCCAGACGACAAUCCUGUCGAAAACGCGAGAGGAAAUGCAGAAGGCAAACCACACUGAAUUCGAGAUCCUUAUGGUGGUUCCAUUCAGCAUCAGGUGGCUCAUCUGGUCGCGUGGACAAAUCUUCGGCUACAUUGACGCUGUCAUCUUCAUUACCCACAACGACAGCAUAGACACAUCUUGUACGGUAAAGGUUUCGUCCAGCUACGAAGUAGACAACUUCACCAUCUCCAGUGUGACAGAGGCAGCACUCCUCAUGGAGCAUCUAUCAAAAUCCAAUAGGAGCAUUCCUCUUCUUUGUUUCACGGUUAGCUUGGCUGCGUUGAUGUUCAACGGCACCCGAUCUGAUGCUUACGUGGGCGAUGACUGUCGGGUGAUGUCGCACGUGGCGUACGAAACUACUUGUCCGCUGAGUCUCGAAGAAUCCACAGCCAGCGAUACAGUGGCUGCUUACAUGAUAGGGCAGAGGUACAUGUUCACCUAUGAGAAUGAAGACACGGUCGCCAUGAAGGCGAUCGGAAUGAGCGGCUUUCUGCCAAAAGUGUGCAUUGCGACGUACAGCACAGAGCUCGAAGACUUGAAUGGAAAUUGCUUUGCACGCCCUCCCGCAUCACGACUGCGAGCCAUAAAGUACAGCCUAACAAUACCGGAGCAUACAGCUUUCAGAUACCGCAUAAAGAACCCACUGAUAUGCACUGUUGGAAAGUCGCCCAAGAUUCCCGUACCGUUUCCAGCAGACUACUGCGACAUCUUAAUUUACACAGAAGUGAUGUACGACCAGGCACAUCAAGUCGUAAGACCCACGCAUAAUCUGAGUCAGUUCAACGAGUUCUUUGAAUUCUACGAUGAUUCUUACUACGAGUUCAAUCGCCCCAAGCUCGCUAUUGCCCUUGACCCGAAGUCUCUGGAGGGUAGAGAAUAUCAGAGCAAGCAAGGCCUGGAAGACAUCGCUAAUGUCAUUUCUUCGUGGCUUGCCUUGACCAGAACGGAUGGAUUGGCCAUUAUUAAUGAUGUGAUAUCAGAGCAAACGCUUCUACAUCACACUACCUUCAUGGAGAAAAUGAGGUCAAUCUCCUUUAAGAAAAAUCAGAACAUGAUACUUCUGUACGGUGCCUCAGUCAUCGAGGGAUACACAAAUUGGGCCAAGACUGACAUCGCAAGCUACGUCGACGUGCUGAUACUCAUGGCCCACCGAAACACUUGGGCCCUCACACCGUGCGUCGUUGGGCUGCCAUCCACGCUUCGUAACCGUUCUGAACAUUCCCAAAAACGCCUACUGCAGCACAGCGUCCGUGGCCUGAAAAACGUUGUGUCAGUGCUACCUGCGUUUGCCGUGUCGAUCAACCUGGCAGUGCGACAGUUUAAGAGCGACUUCAAUGCCAUCAAUGAUUCGUGUAUCUUCGAAAAAUGGGUCAACUUUUCAAGGGUGUGUGGAAGUACCGUCAUACCAGUCGGUAGUUUCAGUGGAGCAAUCCAGAAUCGAGAUUCCAUCACCAAGAAUGCAUUCGAGACGGAUGAUUCCGUACGGAUCAAGAUUCGGCUUUACCACGAAUGGGUGGAAGGCAUGGGCGUGGUCCUCUUCAACGCCGACUACGAGGCCACAGGGAGCCCAUGUCCUUAUGUCAGGGGUGGCUACUCCAGGCUGAUUACUGCCUAUGAGCAAACGAGCAUAAAUAAAGGGAAAUGGGAUACCCCAGCCACAGCGCCUCCGUCGCACGCUAACAUAACAGAAGUGGAGCCAGCAGCGCGACCGGAUGCGUUGUCAUUCAACCCAAUGGUAUGCGUCUUUGGGAAAGAAACCACGGUUAUUCCUAAGCACUUCCCCAAGCAAAUGUGCGACUUCAUCGUUCUCAUGGCCCUCACCUACCAUGGGCCCGAAUCUGCCUCCAUCGAAGUCAGCAAAACUGACUUGCUCCAAAAGUUCUUGGCCAUUCCCAACAUGGAUCUGCACACCACUCCUUACUACCUCGUCGGUUUCUACCAAGAGUCGUUCAGCAGACACUGGAUACACAACCCUACUCUUUACGUACACUUCGCCAACAGAGUAACAGUAUUUAUGAAGGAGACUGCACCUGGGGUGCACGGUAUCUUUAUCGAGUUCGGGAUCCUCAUCGGUGAUCACGCCAUGAACUUCCAGAAUAUCGUCCAGCGUACCCGGAAUGAGAUGGCUCGAAUCCAGCACCGAAAUCUAUUUAAAGUUGGAAUGGGUGCUGUGUUUCCACUGCGUCCGAGGAAGUGGGAUGAUAUCUCACUUCUGAUACAUUACUUGGACGUCAUGGUCAUGGUAACGCACAGAACCGAAGUUGAAGUAGCUGGAUGUCGCAUCGUGUCCCCGUCUACGCUGUCCUACGAAGUCUAUGGCCUUGGACUAUGGUCCUGGAGCACGUCCGUGAUGAGAGCCAUGAUCAACCUCGCCGGCAAAAAGCACAUGCCGCCCAUGUGCUUCAGCAUGAGCAUGGCCGUCUUGAAAUUUGAGGUGGCUGGUCAUCGUGUGCCCUUCGACGGGUAUUGCUACGAUGAAGAUUGGGUAAACUAUGCGGAGACGUGUCCGUCAUUCCAUGCGCCGACGUACAUGUCAGCCUCAAGGUUGUGUGGCUACAGCCGGAUCAGAAACCAUGUCUGGACUUUCGAAAACGAAGACACGGUCAGCAUCAAGACAGACUCGUCUGCCCGUGAAUAUGCGGGCUUGUGCGUAGCGGCGUACAACGUGAACUACGAAGAUGAGGGAAAGUGCACUCAGCGGCGCCCUUACUCCAGAAUGAGAGCCAUUCGGAAGUCGCUCAAUCAUAUCAAUUCUAAAGUCGGCAACCUCUUCGAUCCUCCCCGUGGCGCAUACUACUACGAUCCGCUGAACCCUUCCCCACCUCCGACCUCGAACCGCAGCUUGCUUCACACGUACAAGUACGGCGAACCGUCCUACAAGAAGAAGAAACGACGACGCACAUCGCAUUCACAGCGGUCUUCCAAUGACAGUCGCUUCCCAGCGAGCACACCAAAAGGACCGACACCCAGCGUGUGUUAUUUCAACGCUCCUGCGCCAGGAAUGCCUUGCGUCGCAAAGCGUAUGUGCUCACAUGUCAUCUACGAUGCUCCGGACUACGACAGCGUACAUGGUGUCUUCUCUAGCACAGAUGGAGUCUGGGAGUCUGCCAUUGCAGCUGCCAGGGCCGAUAGCAUGGACCUGUUCCUCGGUACAAAAGCAAAGAGGUUGCUGAAUUUGUACUACCAGGGCUGUGAAAUACUGGAAGACUUCUUGAAAGCCAUCCUUGACUUGGCGACGGGGGCAGAAGGUUUCCUGGGCGUUAGCGUUAGCAUUUUAGACAAAAUUACGGACAGAGAUGCAGAACAUUUCCCUGACACCAUUCAUAAAUUACGGACGUCCUUGGACAGUAUGAACAUGACGGCUAUAUUCCUAGUCUCUCCGGCUGCUAUGAACGACGCUGGCUUAAGGGCACUAGUCGCCGAUGCGGCGGAUAUGAUUGUGUACGCUGGAAAUGUUGCUGCCAGAACUCGCAGGAGGAACCAAGGCGCGAGGAGCAGCACAAAAUUUCCCGACGGCGAUUCCCCAACGACAAUGUCGUCCAUGGAUGGCCUUCUGGAGCUAUCCGAGAUAUUCUACGAUAAUUCCUCUGUGUGUGUGAGCCUCAACCUGGCUGUGUACAACUGCACCGACAACUUAUGCGUGAAGGCCACCUAUCCUGAUGUAUGCAAUCUUACUGGCACCAUUGACCCAGACUACUCUGCCAUGACAGCCACAGUGGGAUCAUCUGUCUUCAUCUACGACAACGAAGCAACACUUUCAUCUAAGCUGGAAUAUUUCCGAAAACAGUUUUCAAGGUCAUGUGUUGCUCUGCUGAAUGCCGAUGCCGAAGACCACAGUUACAAGUGUGGGACAGAAGAACCUUUUUCACGGCUCGCCCGCGUUCGAAGCAUUUUAGGCGGUGGUGAUAACACGACUUCGGCUCAAACUACCACUCAAGGGACACCGCCAUCGCAAACAACAGUGACACCGACGCCUUCGGCAGAGACAGCACCGGCUUCGAAAGCCACAUUGGCUCCUACAGGAAGCACACUGACAACGACUCCUUCUGCGGAGACGGCAUCAGCUUCGAAAGCCACAUUGGCUCCUACAGGGAGUACAGUGACAACGACGCCUUCGGCGGAGACGGCAUCAGCUUCGAAAGCCACAUUGGCUCCUACAGGGUGUACAGUGACAACGACGCCUUCGGCGGAGACGGCAUCAGCUUCGAAAGCCACAUUGGCUCCUACAGGGAGCACAGUGACAACGACGCCUUCGGCGGAGACGGCAUCAGCUUCGAAAGCCACAUUGGCUCCUACAGGGAGUACAGUGACAACGACGCCUUCGGCGGAGACGGCAUCAGCUUCGAAAGCCACAUUGGCUCCUACAGGGAGUACAGUGACAACGACGCCUUCGGCGGAGACGGCAUCAGCUUCGAAAGCCACAUUGGCUCCUACAGGGAGCACAGUGACAACGACGCCUUCGGGGGAGACAGCACCGGCUUCGAAAGCCACGUUGGGUUCUACAGAGAGCACAGCGGCACCGGCAGAGACCGCAGAGGUACCGACGGACCGCCCCGUGACAUCGACAAAAUAUAAUGCGACAUCCACAAAAAGCACUGCCUCAUCUUCUGCGAGUGGCACACCAUAUUCCAGUAUACACAACACAACUUUGCUCUGCCUAUCUGGACCCACUGCGAAGGAGGAUUAUCUAGUCCAUAUUCCUGCUAAGCUCUGCGAUUAUAUCGUUUAUCCUAGAGGAUCCUACGACUACAGAAAACGCAUCAUUCAUGCCGCCAAGCCAAUCGGCGGGCAUAAAGCUGUGCUCACUUUGAACUCAUCCACCUACGUGGACGACUGGGUGACGGACACACCUGAACUUGUUGCUUUCACAAACACGCUUGGAACAGUUAUGCAGACAGACCAAUGGACAGCUUUUGGCAUAUUCCUAGAGGAUCCCAACCACACGUCCAAUAUAGUGACUGUACAUGCGGCGAUACUGACACUGUUGAUGCAGAAGCAACCGGCACCGUUUCAAAUGGUUGUGGGUAGCGUUCCACUUCGUGACGGCAGGGCCUUCUUUGGCCUUUUGCUUGGUUCAGACGUCUUCAUCAUGAUGACUCAGCAUAUCCCAGUAAAACCCUGUACUAUCGAGCCACCGACGCGGACCCCUGCCUUACGCGCAUUCAUCGCUGACCAGGGUCACGACGAUCUCGUCUCCCUUAUUCACCGAUGGCGCGUAUCGAACAAAUUGCGUGCCCUCAUUUGUGCUCCGAUUAGUAUGGCCGUCGUCACUUACCGUCUGAUGUAUGAGGAGAAGAAGGACACCGGCGACCACUGUAUAAGUCAAGUCCCGGAGAACUACGCUCAGACUUGUAACAAAGCAACGACCACGGACGCCAAUGCUGUGUACUAUUCCAAUGCAACGCAUCUGAUGGCUUUCGAGAAUGAGGAAACGUCACUCACUCGGAUGCAAGAAUAUUAUAACAAGAUCGAUGACCCCUGCGUGGCGGCGUUCAGCGUUGAUUGCGAAGACCCUACAGGGUUGUGCGGGCCAGCCUUCUCAAGGCUCAACGCUAUUCGAGCACAACUCGACACGUAUAAUGUUAGCACUUCUGGAGCAGCAGCAGGAACAGUAGCGCCGGCACCAAUAACCACUAGUGCGAGACCAGAGACUGUGGCGACAGGAUCGCCCACAACGGCCAGUAGUGAAAGUGUAAUGACAAACACGACAAUAUCCAGUAGUAAUACUAGUACGGUGGCAACGGCAUCCAGUGAGCCCCCAUCCCACGUAACUGAAUCGAGCGCAGGUACAGGACGCGAUGACACAUCGAGCACUGCAAGUGAAGUGACGACUCCGUCAUUCGUUACUACGUCCUCAGAAACUGUGACGACAGAAAUGCCCCCAACAUCCAGUAGUACGAGUGCAACCCAGAGUCCUACGCCAAGUAGUAUUACUGGCACAACGGCACCCACAACAGCGCCACCUAAUAUAACGAAAUCGAGGUCAGCAACUACUGCCACCAAGAACACUUUGCUGUGCUUUAUGGCUCCGCCACUCGUUCUGCAUAGCAACUUCCCAGAACUCGCCUGCGAUGUCAUCAUAUACGUUGCGGUCUGCUUGAAAGGAAACCUAGACACUCGAGUCAAUGGUUCGGAGUGGAAAGCCUUCUUAGAUUUAAAGGAAAAGCUACAGAAAAAAACUAAGAAACUGAAGUUCGCUGCUAACCUCGACACAGAGUGCCUUCUGAAUGCAAGCAACAUCGACAAGGCUCUAGUCAAGGCUGUGGUCGUGGACGCGGCAUCGAUGCUCGUCACUUAUAACUUAUCUGCAGGUGCAGUUGUCGUCCAGAACAGUCGCCACGAGCCUUCCAUUCAGUGGGCGGACGUUAUGCAGCACUACAGGACCAGCAUUGAACGGGAAGCUGCAGAUGGCAUUCUUAUCUUCGGUGCGUCUCCAACCUACCUUUCCAACAAGGUCGCCUUGGAGGCCAUUCUCCCGUUGGUGGACAUCCUUGUCUACACCAACCAUCACACGAUCGUGAAAGAUGAGCCGUGUAGAGUGAGCUACCCAAGCGGCGUGUUCUUCGAGGAUCAGAAUAACAACAGCGUGGAAACCAUGAAACAGCAUCAAGACAAAGUGGUUUGCAAGUCGGUCAGCAUGGCUGUCUUCCGUUUUGCAUUGACAGCGAUCAACGACACUUUUGGCUCUGCAUGUCGUCAGGAGGUCAUGGACAGUUACGGCGAGGUAUGUCCUCCGCCAAGGGUGGGAGUUCCAGGCGAGCCGACUUGGUACCCUAUCCACUAUACGGACAAGUUCAACCUGAUCACGUACGAAAGCGAAAUGACACUCCAAGAGAAGGUCUUAGCGCUACGCAUGCUGGUAAACCGUGUCUGCGUUGCUGCUUUCCACGUCGAGUUUGAAGCUCCCACUGGGUUGUGUCCGCAUCGUUCUGGCUUCACCAGAAUAAAACAAAUGCGGAACGCUCUGGAUAAUCCCGUGGAAUAUGUUCCUCCAGAAAUACCCGGUUUCGACGAAGGCUCAACUGGUACCGUAACUCCUACCGCUGAGGGUCACAGGAGGCUCGCCAAGGAACCAGGCACUGAAGCUCGUCUCGUCUGCUUUGUGGCCCCGCCGGUGAAGACCUUGCAGGAUUACCCCUCGUACUCGUGUGACUACCUUAUCUAUCAGACCGCUGGAUACGAUGUUGCCUCCAAGCACAUCUCCUUACAAGAUACAACGUCUUGGGCAGAGUUCUUGAAGCUGGAGAAGCCUCCUGCAACCAGGUUCAUGGUGUCUAUUGAUAGUCAGUCUCUCAUUAAUAUAACGAGAGUAGGUGUCAUCGAAAGCUUCGUGAAUAGAGUACCAGCUUGGCUUCAAGAGCAUCAGUUCGGAGGCGUAGCAGCGCUGUUCGAUUCACAGGAUGAUUCUUUGCGUGCUUACAAUGCAUUGAAAGCCCUUCGCGAGCGUCUUGACCAAUUCCAGCAGGGAACGUACGUGCUACUUCUGGGAGCUGCGGAGGCCCUUCCUGAUCACCUUGUUCGGUUGGCCCAUACUUUCGUGUUCGUGACCAACCACGUUCCGAGCGCCAUCUCUUGUAAGGUCAGCUACCCGUCUGUCACCACGCACAUGUCGACACUGUCGGAAACCCUGCUGCUGGCGAAAAGCCUCAAGAAAGUGGCGGCCAACGUGAGCGUUUGUAUCUCCAUCAACCUGGCUGUCCUGGUCUUCUGGCAGGAGAAGGUUGACAGGACAGUCGGCGCCAUGUGCAAACAAGGCGCGGAGACAGACUUCGCGGAGCUGUGCAGACAAGCUGAGGUGAAGAUAACAGUGGACAGGGAAUGGAUGAGUGCUUAUCUUCAGGCUGACGAGAACAACACGCUGUACACGUUCGAAACAGAAGAUCUCUUGGCCACCAAGGUGGCCUUCUUCAAAUCGUGGUUCCCGGACGUCUGCGUUGCUGCUUUCCACACGGAACGUGACGUAUACGCUCACCCUUGCCCUCUCCUACCACCUUUCUCGAGGCUUAUCAAGAUUGCAGACACGCUCUACCGCAACAUACCGAACUUACUAUUGAAUAAAUAAAAUGUAACGCA